AUGGAGGAGGCGCAGGAGGGAAGCUUGCGCGGCGGCGGGAUGGAGUCCGAGGAGCCCGCGAGCCCCCCAAGCCCCCGCGCGCCGCCCUCGCCGCCGUCCCCGCCGCCGCCGGAGUCGCCGCCGCCCGCGGCCCCCGGGAGCCCCGAGGGGAGCCCCGAGGGGAGCCCCGAGGGGAGCCCUGAGGGGAGCCCCGAGGGGAGCCCCGCGGAGCCGCUGUCGGAGGCGCGCGCGCGCCGGCUGCUGCUGGAGGAGUGGGGGCCGCCGGGCCGGGACCUGGCCCUGCCGCCCGGCCUCUCCUGGCAGCUGCUGCUGCUGCGCCGGCCGCUCUACCGCAACCUGCUGCGCUCGCCCAACCCCGAAGGCAUCAACAUUUAUGAGCCAGCGCCCCCUACCGGCCCCACGCGGCAGCCCCUGGAGAAGCUGGGCAACUUCCGCGGGUGGUACAUUAGGACCGAGCAGCUGCAGCACAACUGCAGCUGGACGGUGAAGCAUCAGUGUGUGGACCUGCUGGCCGAGGGCCUGUGGGAGGAGCUUCUUGAUGAUGAGCAGCCGGACAUCACUGUCAUGGACUGGUUUGAGGACAGCCGGCUGGACGUGUGUGUCUAUGAGCUGCACGUCUGGCUGCUGGCAGCUGACCGCCACAGCGUCAUCGCUCAGCACCACGUGGCGCCCCGCACCUCUGGGAGGGGCCUUCCUGGCCGCUGGGUCCAGGUGUCCCACGUGUUCCGCCAGUACGGCCCCGGCGUGCGCUUCGUCCACUUCCUGCACAAGACCAAGGACCGCGCGGAGCCCGGGGGGCUGCGGCGCACAAGGGUGACCGACUCCUCCGUGUCCGUGCAGUUCAGGGAGGGCCGGGCUGUGUGA